AUGUCCACCUCAGCUCAAUCAUCAAGAUCAGUCAUCAAGGCUGUUUAUGCCAAUGAAGUAUCUGAAGGUGUAGGUGCUAGAGUGAGAAGAAGUAUAGGAUCAAGUGAAUUGAGAAAGCUUAGCCCAUUUCUGAUGCUGGAUCAUGCUACCGUCAAGAAAGGAGCUGGCUUCCCUGAUCAUCCCCAUCGAGGGCAGACUACCGUAAGCUACCAGAUAGAAGGUAUGUUUCAACAUGAAGAUUUUUUAGGUAACAAGGGCUUUUUGAACCCAGGAGAUGUACAAUGGAUGACGGCAGGAAGAGGAAUCAUGCAUUCUGAAAUGCCAUAUUUCGAUCCUGAUCCUUCAAAGGCAGUCAACUCAGUAGGUAUGCAACUGUGGAUAGAUUUACCUUCAGAUCAGAAAUUCAUUGAGCCAAGUUAUCAAGAGAAGAAAGCUGAAGAUAUACCUACCAUCCAUCCACAAGACGGAAUCGAAAUUACGAUCAUCUCAGGAGAAUCCCAUGGUACCAAAGGUUUCGUGAGACCUGUUGGAGGCUGUUGGUAUUUCAAUUUCAGACUUCAGAAACCGGGGGCAUCGGUGUAUCAAACUCUUCCCCAAGGAUGGACUUCUUUCCUCUACAUCAUAAGCGGUAAAGUUCAAGUCGGAGACGAUUCCAAGAUUUAUGAUAAAUACAAUACCUUGGUGUUGUCAUCUCAAGAGGGACAAGAAGGAGUUCAAUUCACUAGACCUGAAGGAGAAGAAGGGGAAGAAACUAGAUUUAUCUUAGUUGCCGGUCAACCACUCGAUCAACCCGUUGUUCAGUAUGGUCCAUUUGUCGUUAACACGCAAAGACAAGCUAUGGAAGCUAUAAGCGAUUUCAGAAUGGGCAGAAACGGUUUCGAGAAAGCUGUUGGUUGGGAAAGCGAAAUAGGAAAGAUAUCAGGACCUUGA